CUUUAGCCUGCACCAUAUGAUUUAGUUUGUAAAGUUUGGAAGUAAUUAAAUGUGAUUCUUUAUUUUUAUUUUUUUUUAGUCAAUUGUGAUUCUUUAUUUAUGUGGAAGGCUUUUCUAUAAAAAGCAUGCUUUCUGCACCGAGUUUUAGCCACGAUUUCUUUUAAUGACCGCAUUUUUUAUACAUAAAAAAUACCAUCAGCUGGUGGGUUUUCUUUUGGCAUAUAAUCCGUAGCAUAAAGGCACAAUUUUCUCCGUUGGCUCCUUGCAAAUUGCAAUCGCUUAAAAAAAGAUGGAAUAAAAAAGUUGGUGCCGCUAAAAUUUUAUAUUUGGAUGCCAUUUACCUUUUUACCUUUUUAUUUUUUUGAAACAAACAAAUACAAUUAUACAAGUGCCUUUGCCUUUUUACCUUCGCUGCCCCGCGCUGAGCUUCUGGUUCUUCUUCUGGUUCUUUCAUUUUCUUUUCUGGGUCUCUCACAGGGAAAGAGGAAGAGAAAGACAGGGAGUGGAAAAGGGCUCAAAGGGAUUAAGGUUUUUCAAGAAUUCAGUGCCAGAAUUGUGAAAACCAUAUUCUUUCUGUGGUUAAAGCCAAUCCCAUCUCCAUUUUUGUGUUCAAGUUGAACCCACUUUUCAUUUACUACCCGAGAAGUAAAAGAUCUUCCAAAUGCGUCAGUUUAGGGCUCACACAAAACAGAAAGCCGUUUGCGUGUUGGAGAAGAAAAAGUUUCUUGGGAGCCGAGAGAAUUUCUUUUAAAUCAGAGACAGAGAGCUCGUAGAAGCUAAUAGGAUUUGCUUCGCUGUUAAGGCUUGUGGUCACCCGAGCAGCAAGUUUUCUCCCAGAAAGAUAAAAUCCUGGGACUCUCUGUUGAAAAUAAAUCUGCCAAAGGCUCAAAGGCAUUGACAUAUAUAUCUCAUAAUGGAUCCAUCCGUUGUGAAGAAGCUCCUUGAAGACGAUGAGGAUGAAACCAUGCAUUCCGGGGCGGAUUUGUUAGCCUUCCAGGCUGCCCUGAAUAAGGACAUAGAAGGAGAUGUGUCUGCUUCCCAGCCGUCUGAUUCAGACACAGCGGUUUUGUGUCAAGGAAGCAAUAAUACUUCUAGUCAGUCAUUACUGCAGUUGAGUAUUGCUAGCCAGGAUGAAAAUACAGCUGGUCAAAUUCAACAAGACCAAAAAAUUGCACAACAUCGAGAACUGCAUUUGUAUGAAAUGGAACCAAAGCAACAGGGAUCCAUUGCUGAGAAUAUGCAACAGAAAAAUGAUGCCUCAAAGGUACUCAAUCACUUUCCUUUACCCCAGAAGCAACCACAUGGUGAUCUUCAAGAAGGACAGGCAGAACAGAAGCCACUCCAGAUUCCUGAAACAACUGGAAUGCUGAUUUCUGAAAAACACCCAAGCUCAACAGAGGAGCACGGCAUAGCACCUAAUCUCAAAAGCGAAUCUCAGUACUUAAAGCUUCAGAAGAUGAGCAGUCAACAAUCAAUGAUCACAGAGCAACCAAGAAACCCUUCGAAUCAAAGCAGACAAGUAGUAUUUUACCAGUUAUAUCCCCUCUUAUUGCCCCAACUAAAUAAAGACAGAGGAAGGCAACUUACUACUCUAUUUGGUAGACUCAAGAGCCGUCAAAUCCUCAAAGAUGCUUUUGUCCGGGAACUUAAAAGUAUUGUUGGGGAUGAGAUGCUCAGAAUGGCAGUAAAGGAAGCGCCCCUAAUGCCUAGUCCUAACCAUCGGUUACUGCCUAAGGCCUCGGUCCCGCAACAACCUCCAAGGAUGCUAUCUAUUAGUGCAGGUGCUGCACAGUUGACUAACCCUCGUUCAUCUGCACUUCAUCUGAGAGGUCCCAAUUCUGCCACUGACCCAUCACACAGUCUCCCUUCAACAGUUCAGGUACAGACUGAUUCAAGCCAUCCGCUCAUUAAAAAUAGUGCUAGAAAAUUGCCAGAAGCAGAAUGUCACUCAGAUUCUGAGGGAAUGCAAGUAAGUCAAAUUUCUUCCUCUAGUGUGGUAGCUACCAAUCAAGAAAGGGAGUGCUUCUCAGUUCCUAUGCAUGGAAACGCUGGUGGUACUUGUCACCUAUUUUCAGGGACAAGUGUCAAUACUUGCGCAUUGCCUGUCAAACCGCAGCCUUCUGAUGCACAACUGAGACAAGUCCUACAACAUCAAAGCAUAGGUUCUACUCAGUCAGGUGGGGAAGCACGUGGAGCGAACAUCAUGAGUGUGUCCAAAACGGAGAGGCAAAAUUCUAUGAAUGAACCUAGUAGACUGCAAGGUGGAUCUCUUACUCACUUUACAACUAAUGCAACUUUGCAACAGAAUCCUAAUCCUUCACAAUCCUCAAAUAAAGAGCAGAGUUCCCGUCCUGUGUCAUCAAUGGCUUAUGUCAAACAGGAAUUGAUUGAUCAGACUGCUGAGCAGCAGCACAAGCCUCCAUUGCCUAGUUCACAUGGAUUGCCUUCGGUUUCUGCUGGAGUACUUGAACAGGGAAAUGCAUCAUCUGUAAUUUCAAUGGAUGAGUCCUUAGAGAAGCAGCCUUCUAGAAUGGGUGUUUCAUCAUCGCCUUCGUCGUCUACAAUCACAGUGCCUCAAAGUUCGGUGUCUCCUUCCUUCAUGAUGCAAGUCAAUCCUAGUGUCUCGUUAGGCCCUCGGAUAAGCUCUGGAACCUCUCCUUGUGGGAUUAAUAAUAAAACACCUCCAAAAAAGCCUUCUAUUGGCCGAAAGAAGCCGCUUGAAGCACUUGGUUCUUCACCACCGCAAUCAAGUAAGAAGCAAAAAGUAAGUGGGGCGUUUUCGGAUAUUGAACAACUCAAUGAUGUCACUGCCGUCAGUGGAGUUAAUCUUAGGGAAGAGGAAGAGCAGCUGUUUCCGGGGCCCAAGGAGGAUAGUCGAGCUUCAGAAGCCUCUCGAAAAUCUGUGCAAAAAGAAGAGGAAAGGCUGAUUUUGGAGAAGGCUCCACUGCAGAAAAAAUUAGCUGAAAUUAUGGUCAAAUGUGGUCUGAAAAGUGUAACCCAUGACGUGGAGCGAUGCUUGUCACUGUGUGUGGAGGAAAGAAUGAGGGGACUAAUAAAUAAUUUGAUCCGACUGUCAAAGCAGCGGGUUGAUGCUGAGAAAUCAAGACACCACACUAUUACUAACUCUGAUGUUCGGCAACAAAUUAUGGAUCUCAAUCAGAAAGCUAGGGAAGAAUGGGAGAAAAAGCAGGCUGGGGCAGAAAAGAUCCGGAGGCUUAAUGAGCCUGAGGUUGACAAUGGAGUCGAUGGAGACGAGGAGAAGGAUGAAAGCCAUCCUAAAUCAUUUAAGACAAACAUAGAGGCAGAUGGCAAACUGAGGACAACAGCAGCAAAUGUUGCUGCCCGUGCUGCAGUUGGGGGAGACGACAUGUUCUCAAAAUGGCAACUCAUGGCACAAGCCCGGCAAAAACAUGAAGGUGAGAUUGAUGCGGCGUCUGGGUCCCAGCCAGGUAAAGAUGUAAACCACAAACCUACAUCAACAACUGGAAGGAUCAUGAAGGGCAGUCAAGAAGCAGAGAAAAGGGGUGGUCCGGCUCCUGUCGCUAGAGCUGGGCCAAUUAGAAAAUCUGGAAGGAACCAAGUUAUCAUGCCUCAAACAAGGAUGGCUCGUACUAUAUCUGUCAAGGAUAUGAUUGCUGCCUUGGAAAGGGAACCUCAGAUGUCGAAGUCUAUGUUGAUAUAUCGGUUGCAUGAGAGAAUCCAAUCCUAGACACUGUGGAAUAGUCUUAAAGUACAAAAGAAAAUAAAAAAACAAACAAUGAGAUCGUAGUCAUCGUUGGCCUCAGAAUCUUGCGAAAAUGAUAAAAAAGCACCGUCUCUUACGAACUGUUACUUGUGAUAUUCAUGUUUGCCACAUUAACAUAGCAGCUUCCUCCAGUGGCAGUAAUACUAAGCCAGGAGAAUGGGUUGAAAUAGUACAUUAUCUGAGAUCAUGGUAAUACCUGAAGGAUUCUGAUGGCCUUAUUGUUUGUUAAAGCAUCCACAGUGGGUGUGGGGGGGUGGGGGUGUAAUUUCGGGGGUGUAAAGCUACUUUUACAUUCCCUUUAUACUUCUGGGGUUUGUAAAUACGUUUUUUGCUCUAAUGGAAAACGAUGUAAAUCUAAGAUGUAUAAUUUUUCCUCUCUUUUCUCGGGUGGGUUCCGCCUGCGAAAGAUGUAAAAAUAGAUGCAAAUGUGCAUUUUAUUUUACAUCUUCAUGGUGGUGAUGUAUGUUUACAACCUUUUACAUCUCGUCAUUGGAGAUGAUUUCGGUAAUAAAGUGUGUAUAUUUAACAUACACCCCCUUAUACACUCGCCCAUUGGAUGCUCUUAGCGUGGGUGGUAGGGUUUUUGAGGGCAGGGGUAAAUAA